AAUAAAUAUUAUCUACAGAUAAGCAUUAUACAUGACGAUAAAUAUUAAACAGAUACAUUAGCCUUGAAUAAACAUACAAGGACAUUACUAAAUUGAAAGUAAAACGUAGUGUAAAUUAACUCGUGGUGGGGUAGUUAAAAGGAAAUAUCAGUUCCAAGUUGAAUAGUACAGAUAUUGUUUUCUUCAAAGACGGUGUUAAGCCAAUUUACUUCUGUUAUCCAAAUAAGAUAUUGUAUUUUACAAUAUAUUUACAACUUUACGAUAUAAACAUGGUGAUAAAAAAAUUCAUAUCUUUACCAACUGGACAGCAAAUGCCAAUAUUGGGAUUUGGUACCUGGCAGGCCAGUGAAGAUGAAAUAGAAAUGGCAUUAGAUAUAGCUCUUGAAGCAGGCUAUAGACAUAUUGAUACUGCUACAGUAUAUUUGAAUGAAAAAGCCAUUGGUAAAGUUCUAAAAAAAUGGAUAGACUCUGGCAAAAUUCAACGAUCUGAACUUUUUAUUGUGACGAAGUUACCACCAAUUGGUAAUCGUCCAGGAGGUGUUGAAAAAUGGAUAAAGAAAUCUCUAGCAAAUUUACGACUAGAUUAUAUAGAUCUUUACUUGAUACAUGUGCCAUUUACACUUGAAGAAGUUGGAGAGGAAUUUCAUCCAACAAAUGAGAAAGGAGAAAUUAAGUUUGAUACUUGUACAGAUCAUGUGAAAGUUUGGAAGGAGAUGGAAGAGCAAGUUAAACAAGGACGAACAAAAGCUAUAGGUCUUUCGAAUUUUAAUGAAACUCAAAUAAAUAAAAUUUUAUCGAUUGCAUCUUUACCAAUCUCUAAUUUACAAAUAGAGUUACAUGUAUACUUCCAACAACUUGAACUGGUUGAAUUUUGUAAAAAUAAUAAUAUUUGUGUGACUGCAUAUUCACCUUUGGGUUCUCGAGGAUUGGUGAGAUUAUUGGGAAAGACGGAUGUCCUUCCUGAUUUAUUAGCCAAUCCUGUUGUUAUAAAGAUCGCACAGAAACAUAAUAAGUCUCCAGCUCAAAUUUUGCUAAAACAUAUUCUUCAUAAAGACAUUGUAGCAAUUCCAAAAAGUACAAAUGCACAACGAAUCAAAGAAAAUAUACAAUUAUUUGAUUGGCAGCUUGAAGACAAAGACAUAAAUGAAUUGAAUGCUCUAAACGUAGGAAAAUCUGCACGUAUAUGUGAUUUUAGUUUCUUUAAAGGUAUUCAAAAACAUCCUGAAUAUCCGUUUUAAAAACUUUCAUAAUCAUAUUAUUAUUUCAAUAUGAUCGUAUAAAAGUACGAUAUAUAAUAUUUAAUAUUAAGAUAUAAAUUUUAUACUAUUAUAAGUGAAUUGAAUUUGUUAAGUGUGGUUAUCAAAAAAUUAAAAUUAUAAUAAAAAUAUUAAAAUAA